AUGGAGGUGCUUGAUUUGUCCGGCAACCAAUUGGUCGGCACCAUCCCAUCGUGGAUUGGCGAGCUUCACCACCUUUGCUACUUGGAUCUCUCAAACAAUUCAUUGGUUGGCGAUGCACCUAAAAGUUUGGCACUGCUAAAGGGGCUCGCCCCUGAUGGGCGUUCACCGGGCAUGGUUUUCACUAACAUGCAGUUGUAUGUGAAGCAUAACAGAAGCACACUCGGACGACGACUUAACGAGCUCCCAAAUGUCAUCACAGGGACCAACAACGUUGUGAGAUCUGGGAGCAAGAAUGUUAUAUGUGGGAACGACAACACUGUCAUAUUUGGGGAUGAAAACACCAUAUCCGGGAAUGAAAACACCGUAUCUGGGAACAACCAUGUCGUAUCUGGGAGUAAGCAUGUCGUAUCUGGGAGCAGGCAUGGCAUAACUGGGAGAAACAGUUUCGUAUCCGGGAGCUACAAUAACGUAUCUGGGAUUUACCAUGUCGUAUCUGGGAGUAACAAUGUAGUAUUUGGGAGCAACAAUUCUGUAUCUGGGAGGAACCAUAUUGUAUAUGGGGACAACAAGGUUAUAACAGGAGGUUGA